UUUGAGUGUCCUCGACAAGGUGAUCAACACUACAAGAGAAGAAAGGAAUUUUGUUCCCCUAAACUCCGAGAAGUUCAUAUAUCAGUAAAUCCUUCCAAGAUGGGUUGUUGUGCUGACUUCUCCUUCAAGUGCAUGAAGAUCGCGCUCUUUGUGUUCAACCUGAUCUUCUUGCUGCUGGGCCUGGCCCUGGUAGGAGUGGGGAUCUGGGUGAUGGUGGAGAGUAACGCUGCUAACGCCUUCACCCUCACCGACACCGACACCAUGACGCUGUACGCAGGCGCAAUCGUGCUGAUAGUGGGCGGGGUCAUCACCGUCAUCGUCUCCGUACUGGGGGUGGUCGGGGCCUGGAAGGAGCAUCAGAUCAUCCUGGGGGUCUUCUUCACGUGUCUGCUGGUUCUACUCUGUAUGGAGAUCGCUAUUGGCGUGUACUAUGUGGUCCAAAAAGAUCAGUUUUACGACACUGUCGGAGACGCGAUAGACGCCCUCUCCACGGCAAACUACAGCGACUUCGAUACGGCCACGCAGACCCUGCUCGACACCAUUCAAAAGAAUCUCCAAUGUUGCGGACUGAACUCCACCAAGAACUUCAGCCCCAAACCCGCCUCGUGCUCGUGUGACGUGGACACAGACGAUAACUGUUGUGAGCUGGACGCGCUGUCGUGGUGGGACCGGCCAUGCAAAAGGCCCAUCAUCCUUUGGAUGCAGGAACAGUCGGGUAUUAUCGCCGGUGUGGGAAUCGGGUUCGGGCUGGUGAUGGUUUUCGGAAUGACGAUGUCUUGCUGUUUGUGCCAGAAGAAGAGGAAGACGGGUAACAACGCUGUCUGAGUCUGCACGUGGUGGUUACACUCUGCACUGUCCUUUCUAGUGAUUUACGUUUUACGCAGCGUUGUAUGAUUGACCAUAAUGUAACAAAGUUCUGCUCGUUUUCUUCUCGAGUUUUCACGUUUAUCAUAUACCGUUUCACUAGUGCUGUGGUGUUGUUUUCUAUCAAAUUGAUC